AUGACAAUUUAUCGCAGCUUGAUCAAGCAACACCCAGACAUACUCAAGAAUGUGUCCGGAGAAGUAACGCUCCUGGCACCGAAUGAUGCCGCUUUUGCGAAAGUGCAGGCAUGGAACUCAAAGAAUGCCACCAUGGUUGAGACUCUUCUCAAGAUUGGAUCCUUGCAAGGCUCAGUGUCUAUGGGAUCUAUCAAAGACGGCGCGUCCAUCUUUGCGCCAACUCUUAUGGACGAUCCGACUUACUCUAAUGUUACCGGCGGCCAGAACGUGAUCAUUACACACCAGCCAGGUGACAUUUAUGUUGUCACUUCGGGUGUCGCUGCACGGAGCACGAUACUGGAAACCGAUGUGGCUUUCGACAGCGGCUUGAUUCAGAUUGUGGACUCAUUACUGGUAGUACCAGCGCGACUAGAAACUACAGCUCGCGAUGCUUAUACUGAUCUGACAUCCUUUGUUGGCGCACUGUAUGCCACGGAUCUGAUCGCCGAGUUCGCUGAUACCCCAAACAUCACUCUUUUCAUUCCGCGCAACGCAGCCUUCCAGCAGCUGGCCGGGACCUUCUCUAACAUGGCGACGGAAGAUCUCAGGAAGGUCCUGCGGUACCACAUGGCAACAAAGAUGGUCGUACAUUCCGAAGACUUGUUAAACGGCACCAGCGUCACCAUGGGCGACGGUAAAACGAUACAUAUUACGCGUUUCAACAAUAACAUCUACGUGGAUUCUGCACAAAUGAUCCAAACGGAUAUUCUCAUUGCCAACGGCGUGGUCCAGAUGAUUGAUAAUGUUCUCAAUCCUGACAAUGCUGAUGCUAAUCCAGAUGUCACACAAAACACCCAAACCCCACUGUCCGGUGACAAAUUCACCAUCUGGAUCAGUCUCGGCAGCAACUAG